UAGCUUGACAAAGAAAUAAUGUCUCACCGGAACGAUAGCUCUCGUAAGCAUCGUAAAUCGCGUUCAAUCAAGAAUGAUCAACACUAUCCGACAGUGUCUUUUGAUGGAGCAGAGUCUGUCGAUAUUCCUGCGGACGAAGGAAAAAGUCCAGUGAGCACGCACUUGUCGUUGGCAUCAAAUCCAACUGAAUUCAAGUUCAUGGAUGAAAUUGCACUUUUGAAGCGUGGCCGCAUCGACAAAGACGCUCCAAAGCAUCCGUACAAUCGUCGUGGCCAGCAACCAAUGAUGAAGAAGGAGAUUUCGGUGACUUCGGCUCAUUCCAACAGCUCCUUGCCUGUCAGAAGUCCAGCUAUCAUGACGUUGAUGGGCGGAGUUCCAGAGGCAGAAAAAGAGUACAAUGUUGGAAAGGGUGGACUUCUCAAAAUUUCUAAGAUGAAGGAAGGUGGAAAGAGAUACGAAGUUUCCGCCAACGAGCGCUUCACCGUCUUCCAACAAACAGCUGGCCAAACUUGCCUCUUCACUUUCAAAGCUUAGAAUCCACAAUCGAAUGCAAUCGGAAAUCCAAUGAAUGUUUCCUUUUUCUCAAUAAAUAUUUUAUUG